AAAUCAUCAAAAGAGGAUUAAAAGUGGGGAGAUUCGUCUUUGUAGUUUAAAAAAAACAUGCCAAAGUCAACAGACUCAUACCAGGAACACUAAUUCAAAUGGAGAAGAUCAAAUUCCAGCAUAAACCAUCCUUCAAUACACUUUGUCUUUGUUGCAGGCUUAGAAGAGAAAGAAAAGAGAGAUUUCAUGGCAGCUUCAAAGCUUCAAGCCUUCUGGAACCAUCCUGCAGGGCCUAAAACAAUCCAUUUCUGGGCCCCUACUUUCAAAUGGGGAGUCAGCAUUGCAAAUAUCUAUGACUUUUGGACGCCAGCUGAACAGCUCUCCUACCCGCAGCAAACUGCCAUCGCAGGCAGUGGAAUCAUCUGGUCAAGGUACAGCACAAUAAUUACACCCAAGAAUUGGAAUCUUUUCAGUGUGAGUGCUGGAAUGGCUGCGACAGGAAUGUACCAACUUGGACGUAAAAUUCAGCAUGAUGUAUUUUCCAAACAAGAGGCAGCUAUGGCAAAAGAAUGCUGAAGAAGAUGUUCAGAGGCGCAUCAGAUUUGUGACCACUUUGGAUGACUGCCUUCUUGAAUAAGUGGAAUCCUGUGUCUCCCUGGAGUUCUGUUGGAUUCUUCAAUUCUAUGAGCAUUACCACUUGGAAACUGAGACUUAAAUCUAGACUCUAUUGUAGAAAUGCAAUAAUGUGAAUGGUUUGUUAUUGCCCUAA